GUGGAAAAAAGAAAAAAAAAGUACUGGAGAAAGGCAACAGCGAUACUCCGGGCUAACGGCUACCAGCGGGAGGAGGAAGAGAUCAUCCGGAAGUGGGCCGACCUGAAGCAGAGAGCUUUGAAGUACAAGGCUCAGCGAAACAUGACAGGUGGGGGCAGCCUUGAAAUUCGGCCCACGUUAGAGGCUGUUCUGGAGAUUCUCGCAAGAGAAACGGUGGAGGGGGUAGUCGGGUCCUCCGACGAAGCAGGCUUCAGCUCGUCCCAAGACACAAUAGAUGGAGACAAUGAGGCUUGCCUACUGUUUAGCAGCAUGGCAGCAGGAGCAUGUUCAUGCACCCCUGUUCCUGUCAACACUACCUCCGCUGCAGUCAACACCACCACCAUUUCCGUCAACACCACCACCGCUGCCGUCAACACCACCACUGCUACCACAACCACUACCACAACUGCAAUAGCUGCUGCAACCACCUCCGCCUCCACCACCAAGACCCCUCCAAGAAAAUUGUCCCCAACUGACCAGCUUGUAGAGCUGGAGAGGGAGAGGAUUCGACUGCUUGAGAAACAAGUUUCGCUCUCUGCAGAGCGAAACUUGUUUCUCAGUAGAAUUGCAAAUGCCUUAGAGGUCAUGGAAAAAAAUGGCAUUCAGUCAUUGGGAAUGAUUGAACUUUAAGGCAUUUGCAAUGUGUAUUUCAUGUGAUGUCCACCUUGAUAACAACAAGCUGAAACUUCAGGAUAGCUAUAUAACUUAACAACUGCUGCAUUUGCUAGAAAAGUUUGCAUUGACAGUAAAAUCAAACUUACCAAAGAAAGAGAUCCAUUAUACAGGAGACUUAUUCUACAGAGCAUACAUUCCUUUGAAAAAAGGAACAAGAGUUUUUGGCCAUGGAAAAAAUGACAACUUGAAUAACUAAAAUAUAAUUACAUUGAUGUACAUGUAAAUUCAAUGUAGAUUAAAAGUCUAAUAACCUUCAAGGUAGUGUUUUUUAUGGUAUAAAAAUCCAGCACAUCAAGGGUAUAUUGAUGCUCACCCUGUUACAACAUUUCAAUGUUGUGCUGAUUAUCAACACUUGCUGAGGUUGAGAUUUAAUAUCGAUGUCUGACAUCAGAGGGAGUUUUAACUCAAUCACUUUGACAGAUGCGUUAGAUUAUGUAAAGAAUAAAAAAACCAAAUCAUUCCCUUUCUCGAGACACUUGCUUUUUAAAC